CCUGUCUGUGGUCAGGUCUGAUGGUAUCUAUGAUAUAUACAGUACUCUGUAAAGUCUCUCCUCCUGUCUGUGGUCAGGUCUGAUGGUGUGGACCAGUGCUGGUCUGGUAGUCAUGGUGACAGUGUUAGGACUGGUCCUGCUCCUGUUCUACAGACAGAGGAGAGGAACCAGGAGAACACCACCACUACCACCAGUCUCCUCCAACACACAACCUGACCCUACUGGAGAGGUUGACUGUGUGUAUGAGGAGAUCAGAGAGGCAGACAGACAGACAGACACACUCCCUGUGGUCAUCUCUUUAGUCUACUCUACUGUCAAUUCACCUACAACCUACCCUUCUGGCCAACCCUCUACAACCUACCCUGCUGACCAACCCUCUACAACCUACCCUGCUGGCCAAGUCUCUACAACCUACCCUGCUGGCCAAGUCUCUACAACCUACCCUGCUGGCCAACCCUCUACAACCUACCCUGCUGGCCAAGUCUCUACAACCUACCCUGCUGGCCAAGUCUCUACUACCUACCCUGCUGGCCUAGUCUCUACAACCUGCCCUGCUGGUCAAGCCUCUACAACCUGCCCUGCUGGCCAACCCUCUACCACCUACCCUGCUGGCCAAGUCUCUACAACCUACCCUGCUGGCCAAGUCUCUAGAACCUACCCUGCUUGCCAAGUCUCUACAACCUACCCUGCUGGCCAAGUCUCUACAACCUACCCUGCUGGCCAAGUCUCUACAACCUACCCUGCUGGCCAAGUCUCUACAACCUACCCUGCUGGCCUAGUCUCUACAACCUACCCUGCUGGUCAAACCUCUACAACCUGCCCUGCUGGCCAACCCUCUACAACCUACCCUGCUGGCCAAGUCUCUACAACCUACCCUGCUGGCCAAGUCUCUACAACCUACCCUGCUGGCCAAGUCUCUACAACCUACCCUGCUGGCCAAGUCUCUACUACCUACCCUGCUGGCCAAGUCUCUACAACCUACCCUGCUGGCCAACACUCUACAACCUUCCCUACUGGCCAAGUCUCUACAACCUACUCUGCUGGCCAACCCUCUACAACCUACCCUGCUGACCAAGCCACUACAACCUACCCUGCUGGCCAAGUCUCUACAACCUACCCUGCUGGCCAAGCUUCUACAACCUACCCUGCUGACCAAGCCUCUACUACCUACCCUGCUGACCAAGCGUCUCUCACCUACCCUGCUGGCCAUGCUAUCGGUGUCCCACACUGUGACAUCUAUGCUAAUGCAAGCUGCCACAAAGAUUAUAGAAAUCCAAGCUAUUCUACUGCAGAUCACCCAGCUUCUCUCAUCUACUCCAAUAUGGAUCUCUACCCAAAGAUUCUAGAGUCUCUUCAAGCCCUCCAACAGCCAGUGGAACCCAGGAUGAUUCCAUCUAUUCUACAGCCCAGCUACCCAAAGAUACUGUAGAAUCUACAAGAUACCCUGCUGUACACCUCUCUAAAGACACUCCAGAAGACACCAUCUACUCUACAGCCCAGCCACCCAAAAUAAUGUAGUACUAUAGAAUAUAUACAAGGAAUGUGUCCCAAAUGGCACCCUAUUACCUUUCCCCCAAAUGGACCCUGGUCAAAGGCAGUGCUCUAUAGAGAACAAGAUGACAUCUGGGAUGAAGGGAAGCUCCCUGUAGAGAGACGAAGGGUUGUCACCACAGUGCCGCCAUCUUGGAAAUACAUGAAAAAAACAAUCCCUUUCCUGUUUCAAAUCCUCCUUGACAUAUUGUAUUAAAACAGCUCAUGUGGUUUUACUGUAUAUAAUGUAUGUAAAAUAUGAACAUCUGGGUUUAAAAUUACUUUUAUCUCCAGAUUUUGUGAAAGGUAACCAACAUUAUUGUAAAUAUUUAUGUAAAUAUGAACUAUGUGUUUUGUCAUAUCUUGUCUUCAUUUAUGUCACGUCCUGACCAGUAAAAGAAGUUAUUUGUUAUUGUAGUUUGGUCAGUGCGUGGCAGGGGGUGUUUGUUUUGUGUGUUUCGGGGUUUUGAUGUACGUUCUAUAUUUUCCUUUUCUAUGUUCAUUCUAUGUUCCCUAUCUAUGUGUUGUAUUUCUUUGUUUUGGCCUGGUAUGG